GAAUUCGCGACGUGCGUCACAUCGGCAUCCCAGCAGCGGGCUUGUUUAUCGUGACGCCGUCCCGGCGAGAGAGAACCCACGCCUCGCCCGUCGGCCAGUUCCACGAGUCGGAUUCGUUUUCGCUGCGACAAUCGUGGAUUUCGCGCGUGCUUCCUGAACGUGUGGCGGAUCCCCGGCCGAGGGACACGAAGCGCACCCGACGGAGCCGCUGCGCCGAGCAGUUCCGCGCCGGGGCUGACGAGUGCGAGACGCGAGAGAGCGAGCGAUCAGAGACGAACGACUGUUAUUCGCCCGCGGCUCGUUUCCUUUCGCGGCGAAGCUCAUGGCGAAGUGGGAGCGAUAAGGGAUUACGUGGGAAGCCUCCGAGGAGCACGCCACGGCGACUCCACACGCCCCGGUCGGUACCUUUUUUUAUCGCACGCUCGUUGGCGACACGCGCGCACGGAGCGCCCCAGGUAGACAGGCAGCGAAAAUGGCGGAGGAAGGUGCGGGUGGAUCGGGAAACGGGAGCAGCGGGGAGACGAGCCGUUUGCAGCUCCUGCAGGAGAUGCGGCAGCAGAACUUCGAUACCAUUCGAUUCGCGUCAUAUCGCACCGCCUGCAAGUUGAGAUUUAUUCAGAAGAAAGUGCACCUGCACAACGUCGACAUAUGGAACGUGAUCGAGGCGUUUCGGGAGAACGGUCUAAACACAUUGGAGCCGUCGAGCACGUUAGGGGUAUCCAGGCUCGAAACACUACUGUCUUCCCUGUUUCAUGCACUGAACAAGAGAGUGCCAGUGUCCCAGCAAGCUAAAGUCGACGCAACCACGGCCUUGUUGAUGAACUGGCUAUUGGCUGCUUAUACCAGCGGGGAGAACAAUAAAAUAUCCGUAUUCUCAGUGAAGGUAGCCCUAGCAACGUUAUGCGCUGGAAAGCUCAUGGACAAAUUCCGCUAUAUAUACUCGCAAAUAUCCGACAGCAACGGACACAUGAUACACUGGAGGUUCGCCGAUUAUCUGAAGGAAGUUCUAGCUUUGACAGCGGCCGUCUACGAAUCUCCGUCGUUCGGAUACUCCGACGGUCUCGCUAAUUCCAUCUUUCCCGCGAACUCUAAAGUCACCGUGAACGACUUUCUGGAUACGCUCAUGUCGGAUCCUGGGCCACACUGCUUGAUCUGGCUUCCGUUGUAUCACAGAAUGGCAGCCGUGGAGACAGUGGCUCAUCCUAUAAUGUGCGACGCGUGUCACAAGGAGAACUUCACCGGAUUCCGCUACAGGUGUCAGAAGUGCCACUCUUAUCAGUUGUGUCAAGAUUGCUUCUGGCGCGGUAAAGUCUCGGGGACACACAACAAUGAUCACGAGACGAGAGAGUAUAGUAGUUUUAAGUCACCUAGCAAGCAGAUUGGCCAUUCGCUGCGGAAGAGCUUCAGAUGCGUCCCGGAGAAAGGGAAGAAUAGCUUGCCGCGGUUCCCGGAACAACCCGAGAAGACGUUAGAUCUAUCGCACAUAGUCCCACCGUCACCUUUACCAUCUCACAACGGUUUUCCAGAUCCAGGAUUUAUGGCUCCUUUUGAUUCAGGAUCAGUGGACAGCCGUUCGACCCUGAGAAGUAUGGACAGUUCAAGACUGGACGAUGAACAUAAAUUAAUAGCACGAUAUGCACAAAGGUUGGCACAAGAAGCAAGGACCAUGCCUCGUACCGCGUCCAGAAUGUCCCAGGGAGAUCAAGCAGGCAGAGCACCGUCGGACGCGAACCUAGCGUCGUUGGACGCGUCGCGGGCGCAGCGUGAGCUUAUAUCGCAGUUAGAGGCAAAGAACAAGGAAAUAAUGCGCGAGAUAGCAAGGUUAAGAAGGCAACAGGAGAUAGAAGCAGCAGGUUUAGAGAAUCCGGCGUUAAUGUCAGAAUUGCGAGCUCUGAGGCAAAGGAAAGAUGAAUUGGAAACGCAUCUGGCGACAUUGCAAGACUCCAGGAGGCAGCUCAUGGUACAACUGGAGGGUCUCAUGAAAAUGCUAAAGAAUCACCAAGCGUCGCCGCGAUCAACACCGAACAGUUCACCGCGGAGUACAAAGUCGCCACCUCUGCCGCCUGGUGCUAUUCCUAGCAGUAGAUCGGCGCCGCCGACUCCCGGUGGUCCUUUAUCCACGACACCUCAACAGCAACAACAGCAACAGCAAUCUCAGCAGCAUCAAAAUCAGUCGCAAAUCUCGCAGAGCUAUCAAAGUCCCGUUCCAACGACAGUGGCUAACGCGCAGGGCAACGCUAUGCUCGGCACGAUACAGAAUCCUAUUCCUGAUAGCUUGUCGUGCGUUGGCGGCGAUGUAAGGUCUGCGUUCAGGACAAACAGCUUACCAGGGAGCGGUUCCAGCAGUGCCAAUAAUAGUUUGGGCCGAUCCUUAAGAAACGACUUACUGGUAGCCGCCGACAGCGUUACUAAUGCCAUGUCGACGCUCGUGAGGGAAUUAAAUUCAGACUCAGACCAGGAGGACCAUUCUCACAACUCUGGACGAAUGAACAUCAGAAAACCGCUAGAUUUUGAAGCCGGGGAGGAUGGGGACGACAGCAGCGGCGGCGGGAACUCCUGGCGGGAGGAGUUGCAGCGGCGUUAUCAACAAGAGAAUGACUUCUUGGCGGAAUUGCGAGCUCGCAACGCUAACAUGCCGCAAACACCAUCGACCACCCUGUCCAGCGAGACGGAUCAAGAGCGUGGCGAGAGGGAGGAGGCGGAAGGAGAGAAGGAAGACGAAAACGAGUCCAAUUGGGCGGAAGCGGUGAAGAGAUGGGUCAAUCGAUAAACCAAUUUAGAAAACAAAAAAGGAUAUAACGAUAUAUUAAGCAUUAGGUGUCGAAGGUACAUUCGAAGAACUCGGCGAGGCGAAAGCGCGAGGACGAAUCGCCGCGGCGAUCGGAUCACACAUUACACACGCAUACGCAUACACACACUCUAUGGACACACGCGUAUACUUUGAUAUUAGUAUACAAUGUAAUACUCGAUAGAGAAUUGAAUGUCGUGCGAUAUCGGAAAUCUAUGCAUUCAUAAAACGGUAUUUGCUAUCGGAGGAUGAGACGCGAAAGAUGACGGGCGUCGUCAUUUUAAUACGGAGCAAUUAUCAUUCUUAGAAUUGUAUUUAUAUCGCGAGAGAGAGAGAGAGAGAAAGAGAAAGAGAGCGAGCGUAUAGAGUUGACAUGAUGGGGGGGAUUUUGCUACUUCAUUCGUCUACAAUUUGCAACGUAAUGAGACUUGUAAGGUUUGCAUAUAUAUAUACACUCGUAUAUACAAAGUAUUUGAUAAUUAAUGAUACACCCGUUGUGCACAGGUAGAACUCGUAAAACUUUUAACGCAGAAUUCUUCUAAUAUUUCAUGAACAGUCACAUGAAAUUUUGAAUUUUUAAUCAAAGAAGAUUGACGAGUAUUCACGCGCGAUAAUGCACCAAUUUUCUUUAAUUGAUAACUAGGAAUCUACGUGGCCAUUUGUAAAAUGAACGGAAUGGAAUGAUGAAUGGUAGAUAAAGUCGUAUGGCUUUGUUGUUCAGUUUGACCUAAUCUAUCAGCACUCACGACGGCGGGCAUUACUAUCAAAACUCAUCUGCCGUAUCGAUUACUUAUCGAACUUAAUAACUUAUUAUUAUACUCAAAAUAUACUGAAAAUUUCACGUGGUUGUUUGCAAAAUGGUAGAAGAAUUUUACGUUCAGUUUGACGUUUUACCUGCACACAACGGGUGUAUCAUUAACUAUCAGACACUCUGUAUAAAUGGAGAUGCGACUGAAAAAUGGACACAUGCAUUUCAAUGCGUUUCUAAUUUAUUAUGGUGACUUUUAUAUUUGUAAUUAUCGCCCAGCGAAUUAGAUGUAGCGCGCGAUUUAAACGCAAUGUACGAUAGUGUUGCGUUUACGCGUGUAAUUCCAUCGCUUUGAAGUUACUUCGAUUUUCCGAGGGAUGCGUGUACAUACUUUCUUCUCUUCACCCAAACACGCCCGACAAUUGAUCGAUCUCUUGGUUUCAUUGUCUCGUAAUAUAUUCACUCUCAGACAUUUAUAUCAUAGAUCAUGCGAGAAUUUUGCACAAGUUACACAUUGACCAAAACUCGAACUAGUUAACUAUAGCAGCAAAUAUGCGCGACUGCGAUUUAAACCAAUUUUUUAAUAUAAACUACGAACGUGGUUUAGCGUGAACUUAGUUUGAGGAAGCCAAAGUGUGUUUUUGUACAUUCGUACCGUCUCGGAGUACGCGAUACACCAUUUAGAUAAGAAUCCAGACAGCACAGGAAUAUUUUGUGAAUGCUCUAUGAGUAUUCUUCUCUCACGAAUAUUUGUACAUUCUACAAAUGUAUUAAAACACUGCUAUAUCUUCAUAAUAUAAUUCAUAAUUCAUAGUUCAUAAUUCAUAGUGUAUUGAAAUAACACAGCUAUAAAUGUUCUAUGAAUGUGCAUAGAAUAUUUACAAAAUGUAGAUUAAUCAUUGAUUUUGCCUUUACUUAAUUAUAAAUUAAGUUUACUUAAUUAUAAAGGAACAAUUUGAGUUUUUCAUUUUAUGGAUACGUUUCGUUACUGAACUACAAUAUUACUGUUUGGAACAUUUGAAAACUUAUCACCCAAACAGCACAGAUCACCACAGGACAACCUAAAGAUAUUCUGAGAACGUCUCUAUAUUCCGAGAACGUCCCCAGGGCAUCCUCUGGAAAUCUUGUGCUGUCUGGGCAAUUACAUAAAUUAUUGUAUAUGCGCAGUAAACAAGCCUUACGAAUGUUCUAAAUACGUUCCUUUCUACUAUAAAUAUACGAAUCUCUGCGUACAAUAUUAUACGUACGUUCAUAGAACAUCCGAUCCGAAUAUUUUGGAAUUAAGAACGCUCGUAUUUCAUAAGAAUAUUCGUAGAAUAUUUCGUGUGUGUCUGGGAAGUAAUAUAAUACGUGUGCGAACGUACGAAUACCAGUGUGUUGAUGCACGUCAUAGAUUUCGCUUCGAAUGACGUCUUUUUAAAUUUGAACGCAUUUCUAACUAUGAGAGCGCGAAGAGAGUAGAGAAACGAAACUAGUCUUACGUACAAAGUACUUAUUCUUCAGUUCCUAGAAUAGAGAGCAUUCCGGUUAUUACGAACCAGUUAUUAGAUCACUACUGUUAUCAACCCUCGAACGACGAAUCGAUCGAACGGAUUGCUUGCGAGUUAUACUGAAUUUUUCAAUACGUGUAGAGCAAUCUCGAUGAAUCUCGUAACUACGUUACGUUUAUAAUGUCUUCACUUUCGCAAAACACGAUGCUACGUAACAAGGCAGAUCGGAGGAACAUGAAGAGAGCAAAUGUAUGAAAUGUCCUUCACUCAUACCUGAUCUUAAAUGAUCCAAUAUUAGCGAGGGUUAAUAAGAGAACUGACGCAUUUUGUAAGAUUUAACUAGCAUGUCCUGUCCGAAAUAUCCUAUGUACAUACGAUACAUAUACAACUUCAGAAUUUCUUUUGUCUAUCUCUUCACGUACGAAAAUGAUGUAGCGCCUACAUGAUACGAAUAAAAGUUUAUAGAUACACACCGAAACGAUUACAAAUCUUUUGCAAUUACUCUAUUCUACAUUAUCUUAUAUUUUAUAUCUCAUCUCUUGCUGUUUCUCUUACGUAUCCGUUCUAAUUUUGGCACACGUAAUAAUUAAUAGAAAAAUAUACGAACACGUUGAAACUUAGAGUUGUAUAAGCAACUUUUAGUUGAAAUGCCACAUAUCGAGGAUUGAGUGUAUAUUUUAUCUUUCUCUAAUAUGUCGAGACAGAUACCUAUAUUUGCAGUUGCAAAAUUUGUACUCUGUAUUAGAAAAAUGAUAUUUGCAUUGAUCAUCUACAUACACGUUAUUUUGUUACAAUAUAGCUUAUGCAUAAACUUACUAAUAUAGAGAACAAGUUUUCAUGUAAUACAUAAGUCUUAAUAUACAAAUAAUUUAAUAUAUUUUUUAUAAUU